UGAUAAUGUCCGGUCACUUUUCGGGCCUCGAAUUCCUUAAGAUAUUGGACAGAUAUAUUGUUAAGUAUAUCACAGAAUCAAAUUCAAAAGUGUGAUUUCGAGAAUUAUUAUCAUGGGUGGUCGCGCGUUUUUUCUAAUAGCAUUUGCAGGCUUCAUUGUAGUAUACGGUCAGACAACGAUUCCAACAAUAUGCUGGGAUACUAAAUGGUUCAACAGUUCGGCUCCAACAAAGUUAAACAGAUCCGAAUACGAGCAACAGUCAGCGAAUGUUCUUGAUUCUGUAUGCGCAAAUGGACCAAUAACCGCUGCAAGGUGCAAGGAUUCAAAAGGCGAAUCCUUUACCGGCUUCAGGAAUGACUCCGUCAUCAAAUAUAUCGCAAAAUGUGACAUCACAAACGGACUCAUCUGCAAUCCAUACAACACCUCGAAGGAUUCUAUAUGUCCAGAUUUUCAGAUACAAUACGGCUGCAGAUGUCCUAGUACGACACCAAUUCAUUCAGGAGGCGGUGCUGUUGCGAUAGGCGGUGCUGGAGGAAAUGGGAGUGGUUUAAGAGGUGGUGGAAGCGGUGGUGGAGGAACUACAAGCGGGAUAAAUUCUUCUACGUCUGGUACCGGACACAAAUCGGGAAAUAGUGGAUCUGGAACCGGAAGUGGUACAGGGCAAUCAAGUGGAUCUGGAACCGGAAGUGGUACAGGGAAAUCAAAUGGAUCUGGAAACGGUUUUCAAAAGAUCUGUGUCAACUACUUUCUUCUGUUUAUUUGUACAAUCCUGGAACUAUGUAGAGUGUUUGCCAUAUAAUUUCUACUUGUAUAGUUUCGGUUGUUAUUGGGUUUUUCAUGACUUUCUUUGCCAACGAUGUUUUGUUUAUAUAACAGAAUGAAAUCAAAACGUGACAGACUUGUCACAUAGAUAUAUUUUGAGUAGAAAUAAAAAAGAAUAGGGAACAGGAUAUAUCAACAAUACUUAUAAUACAAACACUCAUAGCAAGGUUAAUGGCAGAUAAUAUGAAAACGGUACACUAUUAGAAAUCAUAUCCACACAACCCUUUGGAAAAUGUGUAUUCAUUAAAGGCACAAUAUGUCCCAGAAAUGCUUUUAUUUUUAUUCCUGAAAAAGGCUUAUUAUUUAAGGGUCUUUUAUUUUUGGCAAAUCACCUGAAUAAUAGUUUGUAUCUGUUGGUUUUUGGGAAUAAGUUCAGUUAUGUUGUUUUAUUACUUUGUAUGGAGGUCAAAAUACUAAAUUGUUUACAUUUUGCUACUUUUAUGGCAAAUAAUCUCACAUUCAGCGCUACAUUCCUCGGGUAAUAAGCUAGGUCACAUGCUCUUAAACCAAUUAUUUCGACAUUUUAAAACUCAUGUUCAACUUUUUAAAUAUUUUUAUUCGUUUUUGAGACAUAAUGAACCUUAAAGAAAAGAGUUUUCUGUCACAAAAUAAGAACAUAUCGGAUACAAUUGUUAUGUAUAAUUUCUUUUUACAUUGUAUUUUUUCUUGCGGGAAUUGAGGACCGCAAUUAAUGCGGCCAAUUUAACUAAUGAUAUUUUAACACUAACUUUGCUUGAAUCCGUCAAGAUUGUUAUAUCAAAUGCAUUUUUAGAAUACAAUUGCUUUUACAAAUAAAUAACAUGACAGUUAUCAAAUAUGUACUAUAAAUGUAUGUCUUAACAUGUUCUUUGAG